CCUGUCUUUCCGUUCCCGGACGGUUCAAUGUGAGAUCUCAGAUCCAUUCCAGGCAAAACUUCGGUUGAAUGCGGCAAAACAAUGUUUGGUUCCCCACACGGCUGUCAAUCAUUAUCGCAACAAUGCUCAUUGUCCGGUUUACUCGCAUACCACUCAGCCAUUGGUUAUGUGAGUUCAUCGAACAAGUGGAUAGGUACAGAGUGCUGUACAACCUACUCCUCGCCGUCGUCGCGUAAAUCUACAACAUGGAUCAUUGACAAUGUUCUUCAAGUUUCAUUAUCGUUCAUUAUCUUAAUGGUUGACAGGACAUCACCACGUGUUUCAAAAAGUUUCCAAGGUGACACCUUCCUUUGUUCCCUCAGAGGUCCAGGCAGCAGACAAAAUAGAUAUGUCGCAAUUUGUGGCCACGUCCCUAACGACCAAUGCUCAUCGGUAUGUGUACUGUUCAACUGUAACAUGAACACCCAAGAAAUGGGGCUGAACUCUCCAGACCAAUCGCGUCAUCUUGUCGUGGAUGAUGAUUGUGCUUCAGACCAAAGCUGCCUGGCUUUAUCGACAUGUCAUUGAUGGAGUGGAGAUUGGGAGUCUGGGCUGGCGCCACUCUUUCGCCGGUGCAACCGUCCGUCGGUUCCUGAGAACUACUGAUCGAUGCUUUACCGAUGUUGCAACCUUGUAAGACACGACAGUAUAUCUAUUACCUAUAAGUGCCUGGUUCAUCGCCCACACCCCGAUCAUCCUGUAGAUCAUUGAUCAAAUGCUUCUAGGCGGCUGAGCAUCCCAAUUACAUGUUUCACUUGUCAAAGGUAAUGCAAGAUUCCCAUGCAGUUGUUCUGGCACGGUAUCAGGGCGGUCGACUUGUAAUGCCACGAAAUCAUGGAUGCAAUGGCAUGGCUCAAUGACACGGACUGAGACGGUGGUAUCGCUCUUGCCAAUUGGAUUUCUGCUUCAGACCAACGGGAUGAUCUUUCUGGGCUGGAUAUCUGCUUACGCCGAUAUGGCAUUUGAUUUUCUGCAUGACUUACUUGGCCAUUCCUCAGACGCCUCUCUUUUCUCCUUGCAUGGUUAAAAUGGAGAGCUGAUCUUUCUCAUUAUGACAUCGCUGCCCUACU